AGGACCGCGUGAGUUACGCAAGUGCUUUCAUGCCCUAGCGAAACGUUUUUGUGUGUUUCGUAUUCGGCUUUGGCCCUGUUCAUGCAGGUGUCCAGUUACGUCCACGCUGCGUACGUGGCCAACGUGUCCAGGCUGCUGGCUUCGGCGUCGCGCCACCGCAACAACAGUUUCUUCACGUUCCGCCUGCUGAACGCGACCGACAACACGACGCUGUCCUCGAACUUCCUGCUUCUGCAAGUGCCUCGCUUCGCGAAGGACAUCGCCUUCGUCACGCUGCAAGUUACCAUCAUCACAGCCGACGAGCCUGUGCUACGCGAAUCUUCAUUGGCGAAGGAGUCUGGAAUCCUGAUCCAGAAGAUCUCCGCACCGACAACUGGUGACAUCCUUCGGGGCGUAUCUUCAACCGGACAGAUGGUCCCAGAAAGCACACGGUCAACAACUGUUCACGAUCUUUCAUUGACUGUGGAAUCCCUUGAAGGCGUUCACACCACAUCACCUGAAGAGCAGUCUGAAAGAGAUGCCACGAACACGACGGAAGAGAAGUCCAACGUCCACCACAUCAAACUGACGACUGAUGGCAUCGCGCUGUUCGUUUGGCUCUCGGCCGGCAAAAUUAGGGGUCUCUUCUCGGACAACGGCUUCGUCAUGACAGAACGCCAGCAGAGCGUGACCUUUACGAGUGACCUGUCGGUGACCUCCGACCAGCUUCGCUCGAACCUCACGGCGACUUGUCUGAACUGCCUGUCGAAACACCACUACUCGCCAAUGAUCGAGACUAGAGCGUAAAAGCC